CAUCUUUCAUGCUUAAAACUCGGGGUGUGCUCGAUCGGUUUGUUGUUAGCAUGAACUGUGGCUGUAACUGGCCUUUGGUUUAUCAAUUUUUAAGUAGUUUUCGAUAAAAUAAAUGUCGAGAAAUUGUUAAACGGACCUGUUUGUAUGUGGUUUCGCAGCUCCUCACCACCGGGAUUCGAAAGUGAAUUCAAGUGUUCUUGGUGUUGUCGCUGUUGCUUGAAAUGCUUCGGGUCUCGGCACUACGAUCGUGCGCUGCUUUUGCUACUCGGCACAGCGGUGGUAACAGGAAGCGAGCAUUAUGCAGCAACAGCGUAGGUGGCCGCGUAGUACCCACCGAGCCGCUGCCGAAAGCGGCACAAACCAGUGAAGCGAUCAUCUUGGACCAGACCACGGUGGAACUACUGGAGCGUCUCUCCUUGGUUGAUUUCAGUAACGCUGAGGCUGUGACGCGUCUCGAAGAAGCCGUCAAAUUCGCCAGCGUCAUAAUGAACGUUGACACGACGGGUGUGGCUCCGAUGGUGACUCCUCUAGAGAACGUGCCCCUGCGGCUGCGGCCCGACGUCCCGAUCGAGUGUUGUGCCGAGGGAAUUCUCAAAAACGCUAAAGUGACCGAGGAAGGAUACUUUGUCGCGCCGCCUGGAAACAUACCUCUGGAUGUGAAAUCCGACUACGGUCUGUCGGAAGGUGGAGGGACCAACGCUGAAAAGUGACAAUGCUUGUUUUCCAUUGCUAGCAGUUUGUGUAAGCUGGGGCACGAAUUAAUAGCCCCUUCGCCGUAGUUUUUUUUUAAAUUAUUAUUACAAUAAACUGAAACUCGUGUCAUCACCUGCUGGUUGUUGUGCUCAU